CAGCCUCCUCUGCGCUCCUCGCUCACUGGAGGGUGUGGGUGACUCGAGUGCCAGGAGAGCUUUGAAUAACAGAGCGAGAGGGGAGAAAUAAAAGGAAUAAGCAGCACAAGCCCUCAGCCUUUCAGCGGCAAAGACAAGACACAGGAAUAACCAUGCCUGAGCCAGUCCCUGCAGCUAAACCGGAGGGGGAAGAGCAUGGGUCAACUGAGCUCACCGGGCUCUUCGUUGAGAAACCUCCGAGUGAGGUCGUCGCCGUUGCAGGAGGGGACGUCACUCUCAUCGCUCGGGUGGACUCGACCACCCUGACGAGAAAACCCACCAUGAAGUGGCUGAAGGGCAAGUGGAUGGACCUCGGCAGCAAGGCCGGCAAACACAUGCAGUUUAAGGAAACUUAUGACAGAAACACCAAGAUCUACACGUAUGAGAUGAAGAUCGUCAAAGUGGUCGCUGGGGAUGCCGGAGGCUACAGGUGCGAGGUGACGGCCAAAGACAAGUGUGACAGCUCCAUCUUUGAAGUCACCGUUGAGGCUGCACAGCAGGAGGAGCAGCAGGGGGAUAUUUUGUCUGCCUUCAAGAGAGCGGAUGCUGGAGAGGAUGACGGAAGUCUGGACUUCAGUGCUCUGCUCAAAGCCACCAAGAAGAAUAAGAGGCCAGACAAGGAACCACCGAUAGAUGUGUGGGAAUUGCUCAAGAGCGCCCAUCCAAGCGAGUACGAGAAAAUUGCCUUUGAGUAUGGCAUCACUGACCUGAGGGGCAUGCUGAAACGUCUGAAAAAGAUGAAGGUGGUCGAGCCCAAGCACAGCGAGGCUUUCCUGUCAAGGAUGGAUUCUUGCUACUCGGUGGAAAAGGGCAAGAAGAUCGUCCUGAAGUGCGAGGUUGUCGAUCCCAACGUCCAGGUCAAAUGGUUGAAGAAUGGCCAGGAGAUCAAAGGCUCAGCCAAGUACGUCAUGGAGGCCAUCGGCAACGUCAGAACCCUCACCCUCAACAGGACGACCCUGGCCGAUGAUGCUGCGUAUGAAUGUGUGGUGGGAGAAGACAAGUGUUUCACUGAGGUGUUUGUCAAAGAGCCCCCUGUGACUAUCACCAAGCUGAUGGAUGACUACCAUGUGGUCGUGGGAGAGAGAGUGGAGUUUGAGGUUGAGGUGUCGGAGGAGGGCGCCCACGUCAUGUGGUUUUUCGAGGACAUAGAGCUUCACAGAGAGACAGAUUCCAAGUUUCGCUUCAAGAAGGACGGAAGGAAACACACGCUCAUCAUCCAGGAGGCAACGCUGGACGACAUCGGAAUGUAUCAUGCCUGGACAAACGGGGGGCACACCAAAGGAGAGCUGGAAGUGGAAGAGAAAGAGCUGGAGGUGCUGCAGGACAUCGCUGAUCUGACAGUGAGGGCGACGGACCAGGCCAUGUUCAAGUGUGAAGUGUCCGACGACAAGGUCACAGGAAAGUGGUUUAAAGAUGGCGUGGAGGUUUUGCCAAGCGACCGCAUCAAAAUGACUCACAUUGGAAGGUUCCACAAGCUGAUUAUUGAUGAAGUGAAGCCGGAGGAUGCCGGAGACUACACGUUUGUUCCUGAUGGAUACGCUCUGUCACUUUCUGCCAAACUCAACUUCUUGGAAAUUAAGAUCGACUAUGUGCCUAGACAAGAUCCUCCAAAGAUCCACCUGGACACCACUGGAAACAUGGUCUCCCAAAACACUAUCAUUGUGGUGGCGGGCAACAAGCUGCGACUGGAUGUUGAGAUCACUGGAGAACCAGCACCCACUGUUGUUUGGUCCAAAGGAGAUAAGGCAAUCACAGAAGCAGAAGGCCGCGUGAGGGUGGAGGCCAGGAAAGACCUGAGCUGCUUCGUCAUUGAGGGAGCGGAGAGGGAGGAUGAGGGCAACUACACCAUCUGUGUCACUAACCCCGCCGGAGAGGACAAGGCUAUGCUGUUUGUGAAGAUCGUGGAUGUGCCCGACGCCCCUGAGAAUGUCAAAUGUACAUCCGUGGGAGAGGACUGUGGCACCAUCGUCUGGGACCCCCCUGUAUUUGAUGGCGGUGCCCCAGUCAAAGGUUAUCUCAUGGAGAGGAAGAAGAAGGGCUCCUCCAGAUGGACAAAGCUCAACUUUGACGUUUACGAAUCGACUACAUACGAAGCCAAGAGGAUGAUUGAAGGCGUCCAGUACGAGAUGAGGGUGUUCGCCGUCAACAGCAUCGGCUUGUCUCCGCCGAGUAUCAGCUCCAAACCCUUCAUGCCCAUUUCCGCGACCAGUGAGCCGAUGCGCCUGACGGUGCACGAUACCACGAACAACUCAUGCACCCUGAAGUGGCUCGCCCCGGAGAAGAUCGGAGCUGGAGGCCUGGAUGGUUACGUUAUUGAAUACUGCAAGGAAGGAGACACUGAGUGGGUGGUGGCCAACAAGGAACUUUGUGAGAGACAGGGAUACGUGGUGCGUGGCCUCCCUGUGGGAGAGAAGAUCAACUUCAGGGUGGUGGCUGUAAACAUCGCUGGACGCAGUCCCCCUGCCACACUGCAGCAGGCUGUCACCAUCCGCGAGAUCGUUGAACAUCCAAAGAUCCGCCUUCCUCGUGAACUAAGACAAAAGUACAUCAGAAAAGUUGGAGAAAAGAUCAACCUGACCAUCCCCUUCCAGGGUAAACCACGUCCCGUCGCAACCUGGUACAAAGAUGGUCAACCCGUGGAGGACAAGAUGGUCAGCGUGCGUAACUCGAACGUGGACACCAUCCUGUUCAUCCGCUCGGCAGAGAGAGAGCACACUGGAACGUAUGAGCUGGUUCUACAGAUUGAGAACCUGGAGGACAGGGCCUCCAUCACCAUCAGGAUUGUUGACAAGCCUGGGCCUCCACUAAACGUUAGGGUGACGGACGUCUGGGGCUUCAACGCGGCGCUGGAGUGGGAUCCCCCGAAGGACGAUGGCAACUGUGAGAUCUCCGGAUAUACCAUCCAGAAGGCGGACAUGAAGACCAAGGAUUGGUUCACCGUGUAUGAACACAACAGACGGACAAACUGCACUGCCUCAGACCUGAUCAUGGGCAAUGAAUACAUGUUCCGCGUCUACAGUGAAAACCUCUGCGGCAAGAGCGACGAGGUGAAAUUCAGCAAGAACACGGCAACCAUCGCUAAGCAAGGCCUGGAAAUCAAACGAAACCCCUACAAGGAGAUGGACAUGGCCUGCAUGCCCAAGUUUACGCAGCCCUUAGUCGACAGAGCUGUGGUGGCUGGGUACAGCGUCGCCAUCAGCUGCGCCGUCAGAGGCUACCCCAAGCCUAAGAUUGUCUGGAUGAAGAACAAAAUGAUCAUCGGCGGGGAUCCCAAGUACUUGAUGCAGAACAACCAAGGAGUGCUGACCCUGAACAUCCGCAGGCCAAGCGCCUUUGACGGCGGCAAAUACUCCUGCAUGGCUGUCAAUGACCUGGGCAAGGACGAGGUGGAGUGCAAACUGGACGUCAAACCUUUCGUAGAACCGGAGAAGAAGUGAGAAACCCCCGACAGCAGUGAAUGUGAAACAGUGAAUGAACGGUGAAUGUCACUAUGUAGAGUUCACACUGUGAUAAUAAUUCAAAUAAAAUGUAGUGAUGCCUGC